AUGUUUAGGCCCGUCUACGACAAUGCUCCCGGCCUGUCCACGCCUCAGGUCGAAGCCUCCUUCCCCAAGAUUAGCCGGCAGACAUAUCAGUUGAACAUGCAAAACGUCGACGACUCUUCUAAUUCGCAGCAGCAUGCCAUGACCCUGCGCAGCCACUCCAUUCGGCCGGCUUCAUCCGUUGUUGAGCACGGCGAUCCGGGCGCCACUGCCAUGAGCACCAACGUCCAGAGCAGCCCCGUCGAGUCGGCCUUAUUCAACCACGGCUUGGUUACACCAGGCCAGAGCCCUGGCUUUAUCGGUGGGGAGAUCGUGAGCAAUUACAUGCCUCCAGCUCCGUGGGACACAAAUUUCGCUCUAAAUUCCGCAGACACGUUUCAGUUGCAGCCGCAGUAUGUUACGUUUGCUGUCGAAGGGCAACAGUUAUGGCAACCUGCGCCGGCGCCCCCUCCCUCGAUACAAUUACCGUCUUCUCAGCAGUCGCAACCCAUUACCAGCCCAUUUCAUGACUGUAUCGACUCGUUUGGUCACAAAUUCCAUCUUAAGACAUUUUCUAGGCCGUCCAAUGGUAUAGUCAAUGGUUAUAUCAAAUUCUUCUGGCCCCUCAAAGAAGGCAAACAGUCAGCAACAACUGUGGAAGUGGCAAGUAUUGAUCAUGAGGUGAUUCACCUUCAGCCGUCGCUGUUACACAGACAUCGAGCCAAAGUUCUAAGCGAUUGCUGCAGCGUCGAUUCUUUUCAUCACCGGCCUCCACCAGCACUCUCUUGGCAGGAAACGACUCACCCUAUCUGA